AUGACGUUUUUUCAGCGUCACUAUUGGGCAGCUCUAUGGUCACGUUCCUGGCUGGCCAUUGGCCUGUUUUAUGACACUCUCUCUCCCUCCGUUUAUAGGUGUACCGUGGAUGAGAGGGUCACGCGAGUAGCUUGGUUGAACCGUAGCACCAUCCUGUAUGCUGGAAAUGACAAGUGGUCUAUAGACAACCGCGUGGUCAUCCUAUCGAACACGAACACCCAGUACAGCAUCAAGAUCCAUAACGUGGACGUAUACGACGAGGGGCCCUACACCUGCUCCGUGCAGACAGACAAUCACCCGAAGACCUCGCGGGUGCAUCUGAUCGUGCAAGUUCCUCCCCAGAUUAUAAACAUCUCCUCAGACAUCACAGUGAACGAAGGGAGCAGCGUAACUCUCAUGUGUCUGGCCUUUGGGAGACCAGAGCCUACGGUGACAUGGAGGCACCUGUCUGGAAAAGGCCGGGGCUUUGUGAGCGAAGACGAGUACUUGGAGAUCUCUGGGAUCACCCGGGAUCAGUCCGGGGAGUACGAGUGCAGCGCUGUCAAUGACGUGGCGGCUCCAGACAUCCGGAGAGUAAAAAUCACCGUAAACUACCCACCGUACAUCUCCAACGCCAAGAACACCGGCGCCUCGGUGGGCCAGAAGGGAAUCUUGCGCUGCGAGGCCUCUGCCGUCCCUGUCGCAGAAUUUCAGUGGUUUAAAGAAGAAACCAGAUUAGCCAAUGGGCUGGAUGGCGUGAGAAUUGAGAACAAAGGUCGAAUGUCCACGCUGACCUUCUUCAAUGUCUCGGAGAAGGAUUACGGCAACUACACCUGCGUGGCCACUAACAAGCUGGGGAACAGCAAUGCCAGUAUAAUCCUGUACGAAAUAAGUGAACCCACAGUACUGGCAGGCCCCGGAGCAGUACAUGACGGCAGCAACGCGGCUUCCAGAGCAAUGGCUUGCCUCUGGCUAUCGGGCACUCUCCUCGCUCACUUUCUCAUCAAGUUUUGAUAAGAAAGCAAAGGGUCCUCGGAGGCGACACCUGGCUUCUCCCACACCACAGACUUUACUCUCUACACUGCGGGGGCAACACCCAGUUUUACCACUUGAACGUACUGCCAGGGGGGAAGGGAGAGGGGGAGGGGAAAAGGGUUCCCACCGCCUGUUGGGGGAUAAGUCAUGGGCAUUUCGCCAAGCGAAUCAAUUUCUUCUUCCCCGGCCCUGCCCUCAACCCUAUUUAUAAACCUAUCCUAAAGUUAAGCGUGUCUCCGCCGAACCAGUUCAAAUUGCCCCCGGAGACGUGUCUUGGUUUGAGGGACGACACACAGCGGAAGUCAAAAUGAGUCAAAGUGUCCUAUUAUCUCUGUGUCUCUUAAGCAAAAGGAUUGUUCUUUCUACUUGUUACACUGUACAUACCUGUUCAUGUUGAUAAGUGUCCUAUUACACUUGGGCUUCACCUGGCCUCCAUCUGGAGGGAUGUUUUAAUAAAUCCACCCACCCACCCACCCCCCGCCAGCACCUGGGCUCUCGGCAACAACUGCAGUAAGUGGCGGCUGUGAAUGGGCCAUAGUGAUUGUGCAUUUGGACACUGACAAAGGAUUUGAGAUCCCUUGGAGUGCAGAAAGGGAAAAGCUAGGGGACACUGUACUCCCCUCUUGCUAAAACUGAUGGCUGAGUGGCUAAUGCAAACAGAUAAAUAGACAAAAUGGUGAGUCAUCCAUCUCCCCAGCCAUCAAAGUAAUCACGGAGCCAUUCUAUCCAUCCAUCUAUCCUAUUCACCCAUCCAUCUAAUUAGCUAUCCAUCUGGCUUUCUAUCUCGCCAUCUCUUUACUGUAUUUAUCAAUUUAUCAAUGUAAUUAUCGGUGCUUCUAUCCAAAUCUCUCCUUCUCUGCUCUUCAUCCAUCCAUCAGCGUAAUCAUCUCUAUUGAGUCACCUAUUUAUCUAGCCAAGUUUCUAUCCCACUCCCUCCAUCCAUUUAGUUUUCUUUCUAUUUUGUCUGUUCAUCCACCUGUUACGGCGGAGGAUAUUGAGAAAUUUCACAAUAUUACAUUUAUACGUGUGGUAGAACGUAACUACAGGCCAUAAAACUAAGCAAUAUUUGGCCAUUUGGGCAUGUCUCUGACAAUUCAAAACACGAUAAUGCAGUAGCAAUCCUUCACUUAGUUCCCCCCCCUGCAAAAAAAAAAUAGUCAGAGAUCUGUUUUCUCCUACCUCCCCAAAAUAAAUACUCUUAUUUUUAAAGUAAGCAGCACCCCUCACUCUACCCCAAUGCUGUUAUAAUCUUUUGCCUUUAAGAACCAAUGUUUUAUAUCUGCUAACAGGUGCUUGUACUGCUGUUCUCCAACGGGGAUGCAUCCAGUUUUCUUUAAGAAAAGUCCUAAUUAUCCAUUAUUUAUGGCAAUUCCAAACAACACCUUCACCACCCAUCCUGGGAGAGCCAAACGCAAUCUGGCCAACACUUCUAUGCUCACUCCCUUUCCCAGCCCCGAUCCUCAUUUGCUCUGUUCGGAAUCCAUUCAGUCAGAAGCCGACGGAGGCCAAUUAUUUUGCUAGUGUGUUGACAUCACUCUUGUAUUUGUUUGGGAACCUCUUAUGAGCAAAGGGUACUUGAAUAACUGACUUAAUUUCCAAGCACUUGAUUAGCUCAACACAGAAAACAGAUGGGAAAGAGGAAGGGAAGAGGAAAAAAAAUACAACCUCCCACAAACCUACAUUCACAUGGUUUCCUGUUUCUCAGCUGCUUCCGUAGAAGCGUUUUAGAGAGGGAAUUUCAGGCAGCUGUCUCCAAAAUGGAACAGCAGCACCAGAGCUUUUAUUUUUUAGACUAUGGAUGUUUAUUUUGAAAGAUUCAAUUGAUUCUUCCCCCCAAGUUCCUUGGUUCGGUUUAGGCCUUAUUCGAAUGAGACAUGUCACUUUCUUGAAAGCCUAACAGCGGUAAGGGAGGAAUCUGCAUUGCUUAAAUGUCUUUGAAUGUACCUUUUUUUUUUUUAAAUUAAAAAUACUACUAGCUUUCUGGGUCACUGCUAAGGCCUGACAGGGCGAGAGGACUGCGGCAUUCCCAGACCAAACUGCAGCCUGCAUGACAGUCAAUUCAAUCAACGCCCCAGACCGGAUUGGGCUGCACAGCACGACCUGGAUCACUAGAGUGAAUCAAGUGGCUCUUACAAAGACCUGCCAAGUAGAAACUUCUUUGCUUUUUCUGAUCCCCCGAGACAUAGACACUAUUUCCCAGGUAGGAAGUAAAAGGAGACAUUGAUUCAUUUGGUUAUUUUUGUUGUUGUUGAUUGUUUUGUUUUUGUGGCCAUCUGACUGACUGCAGGCACUACCAAUGGUGCCAGGCGUGGUGGUCUGAACGCAGUAAGCAAAGAAAUGCAGUAAGGAAGCAUACGGCCUACCAUACUGAGCUGCUGACAGCCACGUGUCAGGGACGCAAAGAUGAACUCGCGGAGAGGGAGUGACUUGUGCUGGUUUCCGGUAGGCUCUAGGUGUUUUAAUCGGAAGAUCAAGGAUGUGCCUCAUCAAAUCUGUCAAUAAAUGUAAACCAUGAAUGGUUAAAAAGAAGUCUGGAAAAAAAAACUUAUACAAGACUAAACAUUUGGGCAGUAUAUUCACAAAAUGGAGGGGGAUAUUCUUUUGAGUUCAUGCAUAUGAAAAAAAUAUCCAGCACAGUCGAGUUCUUGAAUGUAUACGCUUGCUUUCCCAUUUAUUUUUCCUUCCAAGAGGGAAGGUUUGAGUAUGAAGAGCAACAUGCCUGGAUUUCACCACCACCACCACCACCACCAGUUUUACUGCUCUGAAAAAAAAUCUAACAGCGCCCUCCCACUCUUUCAUCUGGAUAAAAAACAUCAUGAGGCUGUUGCACGUUGAUUUAAUCUGUGCAAGAAGCCUCCUGCAACAGGUCCACAUGGAACCUCGUUCAUUGUUAAAGACAUACAAAGGUGUAUUAUUAUUUUAAACCCCAGAUACACACGCUGGCUCCAUUGGUUUAUUAGGUGGAAUGCUGGUAAAGAACUAAAAACAAAAAGUCUUCACAUUUAUAUCUAGUUCAACCACAAGUUACAGGCUAGCAGCUGGGAUCAUUGGGUGUAAUCUAAGGUCUGUGUCAUACAGGAGGAUAGACUAGAUGAUCUAACAGUCCCUUACAAAUCUAUGAAUUAGUACUGAAAAAUGUUGUAGCUGUAUGAAUACCAAAAAUAGCAGCAGAUGCCUUUAACUGUCAAAGCAGGGCAUCAAACAGAGAGUUUUAAUCAUGCUUAAUCAUGUCAUAACUCUAUUGAGGCUGAGGGAGGAGAGCUGCUGGAGAGAACCUGAAGAAGUGGUCUCUCAGAAGGGUCAACUAGUGUAGCUACUCCUACCUAGAUGCCUAUUCUCUUCCUGCCUGCUAUCAUCAUCAGAGAGACAAUAACUUGAUGAGCCACACAGACACGCAUACUGCUAUUAAGAAGAGAGAGGUACGAAGUGGAAUCUAGUGGAAGGAAUAAAAGACCCCAAACAAAACAACAUUUCAAAGCCCACUGGGGCAUUCAUAUCUUUCAUGACUUCCAAGGUCAUGUGAACUGAAGUGCUGGUGGUAAACAUUAAGUGCCUGAUACAUAGUUGUUUGCAAGCCUAUUUUUUCCCCGGUGUUCGGGAGAAAUGCCACCAAUGUAAGAAUCAGGUCUCCAUGUCCUGUUGCUGUGGUACAGCGUUCUCUUGGGCAAGGGCAGACAAAAUGUUUUCACUUCAGCAUCUCAAGUGCCCUGCAAAUUUAACCGAAGCUUUGGCAAAAUGUUCACAUUCGCAAUGCAGCAAGGAAGCUCUAGGCUCUCAACUCUGUAUCCCAGACGCCGCAUCUCUCUGCACAAGUUUCAUGUGAGGACGACGUUAUGGGCUAGGUGGGUAGCAAGUCAGAGCACAGAAAGUCAUAGAAAGGUCCUGUUUCAGGGCAAUACAUUGACUUAAAAUAAAUCGGUUAAACCAUGCAAUAGA